AGGCGUUGGAAGUCUUGGUCAAGUAGACCAGAGUGAGCAGAGUCUUGUUCUUGAGUUGUUCUGGUCAACUUCAUGGAUUUGAACCAGAUCAUUGCAGUUCUUCUGUGAGCUUCCAGAUCUUAUCAAAAAGAUCCAUCAACACUUGUUUUGGAAAUGCUUGAACCUUCUCUCUUCUUUACAGAGAGAUCGAGUAUACGGACACAAGGCCAAUAUGGCCUUAUGCUUAUCUGCAAUAAUCCUAUUAAUUGGAAAACUUGGGGCAGAUCUUGACCAGAUCUUCAUGGAUUUGAACCAGAUCAUCAUUGCAGAUCGUUCUGUGAGCUUUCAGAUCUUAUCAAAAACAUCCAUCAACACUCGGUAAUUGAGAGAUCGAGUAUACUGACUGAAGUCUGAAGGCCAAGAUGGCCUCAUCUGCAACAGACCUCUUAAUUGGAAAAAUUGUGGCAAUUCUUGAGAACGAAGGAACAACCAUAGCCAGUGUUCGUGAUGAAGUUGAUAGCAUUAAGGAGGAGCUUCAAAGCAUGAAAGCUUUCCUAGUGGAUGCGGAGGCCGACACAGCAAAAAAUGAAAGAGAGAAAUUGUGGGUUGAAAGCAUCAGAAACUUGGCCUAUGAUGUUGAAGAUGUCAUUGAUGAAUUCAUGUAUCGCAUGUAUGAGAAGCAAAGUGGGAGUCGACUUUCAAGGAGGCUACACAAAACCAUUUGCUUUCCAAAAAGUCUUUGGUUUAGACGUAAAACUGCGAAGAGGUUACAGAAAAUCACUAAAAAGAUCAAAGACACUGCAGAGAGGAAUCAAAAGUACGAUGUUGGCCUUGUAGGAGGAGCAACUACAUCUGAAGAUAUUCACAGAUCGGUGCAGAACCAAGCGGACUCUUCGUUUUUCAGUAUGGAAGACGAACUGGUUGCGAUUGAAGGCAAGAAGCAAAUACUACUGGGAUGGCUCAUGGAUGAAGAGCAACACCAAACUGUUAUAUCUGUGGUUGGCAUGGGAGGCUCUGGAAAGACAACUCUAGCUGCCAAGACCUUCAACAGUGAAAGGGUGAAGAGACAUUUCGAUUGUUGUGCGUGGAUUACCGUUUCCCAAACUUCUGAUGCGGUACACUUGUUUCGAAGCUUGAUCAUGAAACUCUACAAAUCAAGAAAGGAAGAUUGCCCUGAAAAUUUGAAUACCAUGAGCAGCAGUGAAUUGAUAGAGUUACUAGUUAACUACUUGGAGUCCAAAAAAUACCUGGUUCUUCUAGAUGACGUGUGGGAUAUAAAUGUUUGGAGAGAAGUAAAGGUAUCACUUCAAGAUAGGCAACUCGGAAGUCGAAUCAUAGUUACAACUCGAAAAGAAGAUGUAGCAUCCAAUUCUUUUGGAGUUAAAAGCCAUGUUCACCAUAUUCAACCCCUGCUAAAGAAUGAGGCUUGGGAGCUCUUCUGCAAAAAAGCAUUCUCAUCUAAUGAGCACAAAACUUGUCCACCUGAUUUUGUGUCAUUAACUCGCCAACUUGUUGAAAAGUGCGGAGGCCUUCCUCUGGCUAUUGUGGCUUUAGGUGGUCUUAUGUCUUCCAAGAAUUCGCUGGAUCAAUGGCAGCAAGUCUGCAACAGCUUGAAUUGGCAUAUGGAUAACAAUUCAUUGCUAGACCCUGUGAAAAACAUCUUGUUGCUGAGUUUCAAUGAUUUGCCAUCUCAAUUGAAACAUUGCUUCCUCUAUUGUUCUCUUUUCCCUGAAGAUUUUUCAAUUAAGCGAAAAAGGCUUGUUAGAUUGUGGAUAGCCGAAGGAUUUGUUGAAAAUGUGAAAGGGAUCACGCCCGAAGAAGUUGGAGAUGGCUAUCUUUGGGAACUCUGCUUCCGUAGCAUGUUACAAGUUGUAAAGAGAAAUGGAACAGGAAGGCCGAGAAAAGUUAAGAUGCAUGAUCUUAUGCGAGAGCUUGGUUUGUCGACAGCCGAGAAGGAAAAGUUUGGUCAUGUAUACGAUGGGAGACAAGUAAUGGAAGAGAUCUCAACCCGUCGCUUGUCAAUUCACAAAAUGGAUGGAGAAAUUAAAUCAUGGCCGGGUAUGUCAAAGAUUCGUUCUCUUCUUGUAUUUGCAACUGACAUGUCCUCGUUAUCUUUCUUAAAUACACUGGUUUCUCAAUUCAAAUUGUUGAGGACUCUAGACUUGGAGGGUGUCCAAAUUGAUAAACUGCCAGAUGCCGUUGUUUACUUGUUCAACUUGAGAUACUUAAAUCUGAAUGGCACUUUAAUCGAUGAACUUCCCGAGUCCAUAGGACGUCUCCGCAACCUUCAAUUUCUGAACAUCAUGAAUGCUAAGAUAGCGUCACUUCCACAAGGAAUUGCAAAGUUGCUGAACCUGCGCCAUCUAAUUAUGUUUCGCUUGACUGGAAAUCUUCUGGACUUCAAUUAUGCCAGUGGGACAAAAGUGCCAUCAAAUAUUUGUAAGUUGCAGAAAUUGCAAAGGUUAUCAAUGAUUGAAUCAGAAGGGGACACUAUUAGACUUAUCAGUAACAUGACUCAACUUACGAGCAUUGCCAUAUCGAAUGUGAAAGAAACAGAUGAGGUUGACCUUUGGGUCUCAAUUGAAAAGUUGAAUUUGCUUCGAACUAUUGCUUUAGUGGCAAGUAAUGAAGAGGAAAUCCUUCCGGUGAAAGCACAAUUUUCAUCACUUCCGCACCUUAAAAGGCUUCAUUUGUGUGGUAGACUGCAAAACGUAAUACCUUGGUUUUCUUCACUACAUAGCCUCACAAUUCUGUAUCUGCAUUGGUCAAGACUUGAAGACGAUGUACUACCUCAAAUUGAAGCACUGCCCAAUCUGACAAUGCUUCAUCUUUGUAAUUCAUAUGUUGGGGAAGAGUUGCGUUUCCGCAGAGGCUUUGUAAAGCUGGAGAGGUUGUAUUUGUGGAAUUUUGCCUCGGUGAAAAAGAUUACUAUAGAAAAAGGGGUGAUGCCAAAUCUCCAGUUCUUAUCGGUUAAACGGUGCAUGGAAUUGAAGACAAUGCCACUAGGCCUUGAAUACCUUUCUAAUCUACAAACUUUGCGCCUGGAUGAUGUCCCUAUGGAAGUUAUAAAGCCCAUUCGGAAAGGAGGUGCGGAUCGGUCUAAGGUACAACACAUCCCCAAGAUCUUACAUGUUUUUGAACAGUCAUCCGAGCGGGUCCACGAAAACUUGGCGUAGUGUUUCUUUCUCCUGCCAGGAAUCAAUCAAGUCCGACAAGUAUUGAACAAGAUUUGAGUUUGAUGAAGACUCCUUUCUGUACGUGUGGGGAAGAUGCAAGGAUUGAUCUCAGUUUUCAUAUGCCUCUUUCUUUUUCCAAAAUUGAAUAAUACACAAGACUGUUUCUGAUGUUGUACUUGUUAUUGUUUGUGUGCAUCAGCAUUGGCAUGUAAUAAUGCUGGAUUGAAUUCCACUUUAGCAGUUUGCAUUGUAAUAAAGAUUGGUAUCCAUAUCGAGCACUUUUUUUUUUGUUCUGAU